AUGCGGGAAGAGAUACUGCAAAACCGUUGCGUGCCUGAACCUAAUCGGGAUGGGGAUAAUACGACUGGCAGCAAAUCUGAUACACCAGACAAUUUACAUGCUUCUAUCCCGGAUGAUGACGACGAUGACAAGUUAGAAGAAGAUGAUGAAGUUUUGAACGCGACCGAACUUCCCGAUGCUGGAGACGUCGUCAGUGAACGUGACUUUGAAAGUGACUCAGCAGGUAAACAGCGGGAAAUUGUGACGGAGGUUGACUCAAUAAGCCACAUCAUCGAUCCAGUCACGAUAGACGGCUUUUAA